AUGCGAUCCCGGCCGAAGGGGAUCACCUAUGUGUGUGCGGUUGAUGAUGCCCUCCGCUCAAAUCAGCCGGGGAGUUAUGUCCCGGGGUUGAGUUACGAAGACGUCGAUACUCCUGUCUUCCCACUGUCCAUCGACCUUUCGGACAAGAUGCUCACCCCAACCAUCCUCACCCUUCUAUCCACCUUAGCAACUACCGCCCUCGCCGUUCCCCAACCCCACGCCGCGUUAAUCAAAUGCCCUGUGAUCCUCGACGGCCGCAUCAAGAUCCAUACACAGCUAAUGGACUUCGACAGCUCCGCCACCUCUCUCUUCAACCCGGACAGUGUCAAGGGAUCCAGUCUCAAAUGGAGCCAGAUCAUUCAAUUCCCUGAGGGGGACAAGGGGAGCCGUUUUGAUGGUUGCAGCCAUAAACCUCUGGAGGUGACUAUUGCCGAUGCGAGUGUGUUCAAGACACAGUAUGGGUUUCGGAGGGCUGGGUUGAUUUUCAAUGGGGACAAAAACAUCGGCAGCCCUGCGUCCAGAGGAGUGAAGACACUACAUUUUAGUGUCAGGCAGGAUGAAGCAAGAGGGUUGAAUUUAACACAUGAGUAUCUUAACGUCUGGCACGAAACCUCCGACUGGUCCGCCAACCAGUUCAACUUUGUAACCGGCACCAUCAUCGGCCAGGAAGGCAGCCUAGCCAAGAACACCUUCAAGAUCAUGAGCCGAGAGAACAAGUUGAUCUGGUCAACGCCUAUUGAGCAGAAGGAGUGGCAGAAUUUUGCUAUUACUCUGGAUUUCAACAAGAAGCAUGUUGCUCUCCCCAGUUCUUCGUCCUUGAUUUCAUUGACUGACCAAAAAGAUAACAGCACGCUACGUCUCUACUAUUCCAAAGGCCAUGAACCUUUGCGUAGUGUUACUCAGGCUGUGCCGAACAAUAAUGCGGGAGAAGGCCAAUAUCAAAUUGGCAUUCUCAAGAAGCCUACUGGCACUGAUGAUGUGGUAAAUUCGGGGUAUCAGGAGAGUGACAUCGAUGAAGGACAGAUCUAUGGGGGGAUUUUUAUCGAGGAUAGUGCAAAUGGGUGUGUGUCUCUGUAG